UACAUAGAUUAUAAUUCCGGAGACUUUUACACGCCUACGUGAUUGCUAAGAUUCGGUAGCAUAUAAUAAUUUUAGUUAACGCCAUAUCUAUCUGUAUAUUUUGAAUGUGUGUGCGCAACAACUAUCAACAACAAUUAUACAACACGCGGACUGCGAAGAAAAAAGCGUGCGGACUAAAACCAACCAAGAACAAUAACAAAUACAAAUACAAAAAAAGGCAAUUCGCGUCCGCACACAAAUACAAGUGAAACAACUGCUGCGACGACGACGAAACACACACACACAACCAAACAAAAAGAGCCAUUGCCACAAAAAAUAUGGCGAAGGCGAAUUAGUGCAAUCUUGCAAACUUUCAAAUAUAUACAUAUGCACACAUACAAACAGCUUAAAAUAUAUACAUAUUGUGCACAGAGUGCGCCCCACCAAUCAAAGGACACCUGAGGGAGAGCGAGAAAGAGAGAGAGGACAUUGCUCAAAGUCAAAGCACUAAUCGCAAAGCAAAAGCAUAAAAGCGUUCGCGACCAAAGCUGAGCGCAUGCUGUGCGGAGGGGGCGCUGAAGAAAAAGAAGUGUAGUGAAGUGCAGUAAAAGCAAAGGCAAGGAUUAACAACAACAACAACAGGAUAAUAUUGGCAACAACGCGUGUGUGAAAUGAUGAUAACAUGAUGGUGAUGAUGACAUUGCUGCCAGUUGCUGAGCUCUUGAGGAAAUUAUAAUACAAUCUACCUUCAAGCAACAACAACAAACCACAAUAAACAAGAAUAAUCGAAGAGCAACUGGAAAAGCGCAGCUUUCUAUAACGCCAUCUAUCGUCGAACAACAGCAGCAAACGCACAAGACAAAUACAAGAGCGAGCAAGAGAGAAAGGGCUACACCACAACAACAAUAAAAACAAGCAAUAUUCUGAAACAAAACUUAGACACAGCGACGACAACGGCGCUUGCAUUUGCUGUGUAAGUGUGAGUGUGUGUGAGUGUGCAAUAACAAAACAUCAAGCGCAACGAACGAAAGCGGAGGCGACGAAUCCGUGACUGACUUGCGUCGGUCGUCACGUUGCCUUUUCGCCCGCCAAUAUGGCGUGUCUUAACACACUCAAGCAGGAGAUCAAAACACUGGAGAAAAUCUUUCCGAAGAAUCACGAACGCUUUCAGAUACUCAAUUCCAGCGUAGACGAGCUGCUCUGCAGGUUCAUCGAUAAGAAUGGCAAGCGUUACGACAUCCAUGCGAACAUAACGGAAACGUAUCCAUCAUCGCCGCCAGUUUGGUUUGCCGAGAGCGAGGAGACGAGUGUUACAAAUGCCGUGCAAAUCCUUAGCAACACAAAUGGUCGUGAUAAUCACGUGAUUAAUCAGGUUGGCAUAUUGCUGCGUGAGCUAUGCCGUUUACACAAUGUUCCACUGCCACCCGAUAUCGAUAAUUUAACGCUGCCGCUGCAAACACCGCCACCCUCCGCAUCACCCCUGCGCUUGGAUCGUUCCGGCGGCGGCGGUGGUGGAGGCGGAGGCGUUGGACCGGGUCCACAUGGUAACGAGGAGACCGAUUCGGAUCAGGAUGAGAUCGAGGAUCCCAUCGGUGAGAGCGAACAGGAGAGCGAAGGCGACGAGGAUCUGCCACUGGAAAUGGAUGAUGUACGGAGUACAAACAAAAAAGACGACAUGGAGGUGGAACAUUUAGCGACUUUAGAAAGACUGCGUCAAAGUCAAAGACAAGACUAUUUAAAAGGUUCAGUUUCUGGUUCCGUGCAGGCAACAGAUCGUCUGAUGAAAGAACUGCGUGAUAUUUAUCGGUCCGAUGCAUUCAAGAAGAACAUGUACUCGAUUGAGCUCGUUAACGAUUCCAUUUACGAAUGGAAUAUACGCCUCAAGUCCGUUGAUCCCGAUAGUCCGUUGCACAGCGAUCUGUUGCAGCUGAAGGAGAAGGAGGGCAAGGACAGCAUAUUGCUCAACAUACUGUUUAAGGAGACGUAUCCCUUUGAGCCACCCUUUGUGCGUGUUGUGCAUCCAAUCAUCUCAGGUGGCUAUGUGCUCAUUGGCGGCGCCAUUUGCAUGGAACUGCUGACGAAACAAGGCUGGAGUUCCGCCUACACAGUGGAGGCCGUGAUCAUGCAAAUCGCUGCAACGCUGGUCAAAGGCAAGGCGCGCAUACAAUUUGGUGCUACCAAGGCGCUCAACCAGGGACAAUACAGUUUAGCACGGGCCCAGCAAAGCUUCAAAUCCCUGGUGCAGAUCCACGAGAAGAACGGUUGGUUUACGCCGCCCAAGGAGGAUGGUUAAGAUUCGCUGGGUUGUAUGGCUUAAAGUUAAAGGAGCAAACGGACAUGGAUGUGGAUUAUGGAUGUGGAUGUGGAUGUUUUUGCCAAAUGUCGUCAUCGUCGCAGCAGCAUACAUGCAAUCAAAAAGCAGUUUCUUGAACACACACAACCAACUCUAGACUAUAGAGAACACACAACAACAUGGCUAACUACACAUAUUAUCCAACACCAACAUCAACAUCAGCAUCAGCAGCAAAAAGAAAACGAAACGGAUCAACAGCAGCAACAAAUCGACAACUCGCUAUUUCUUUUUGAUUGCUUGCGAUUUUCUAGUGUUCUAUAGUUUUGUGUUGUGUAUGCACUAUAAACAGAGACAGGCAGAUAGAUAUAUAUGUAGGGUAUACUUAAGAUGCAAGUAUAAGACCACGAAUAUCCUGUGUGUGAUGUUUUUUUAAUGCGUAUCCUUUGUAUUAUUUUGUGUCCGCCGCCACCGCAUCCAUUUAACCUGGCAUCAUUUUGUUAAUAAUUCUGCAUGUACUUUUCUCCCCCCUACCCCUCACCCUUUUCCCCGGCAGCCCCCCACUAGAGUUAAGCUGAAAACGCAUAGAAUUAAAUAUAUGAUAAUUAUAUACAUAUACAUAUAUAUAUGUUUGUAAGUGUAAAAGAUAACAUUGUACAGCUAGCAAGAAUAAUGAAUAAUUUAACAAUUACUAUCCCCAAAAGAGAAAGAGAAUAUUGUGUGAGAGAACGUGAAGCGUUGUCUAAUCGAUCGCUAGCAUAUCGAUCAUCAUUCAUGCUAACACAUCGAUUAGCCAUAACGAGACGAUAUAUGAAAAUAGCAAUAGCGAUAGCAGUUGUAAAUGUAACAUGUAAAUGAAGAAGAAAAUUGUAAACGAUUCUGGCAGCUGUUGUCGCUGUCAUUUUUGUGUUGUGUUGUGGUGUGUUCACUAUUUACAUCACCCGCCUGCAAAUGUUUUUCGUUUAGUUUCUCCUUCUCGCUUGGAGCGUUGACAAAUGCAACACACACUCACACACACAGGCAUACAGCUGACAAACACACACACACACAGUACACAAUCCCAUAUAAUAUAUAUAUACGCAUACCUUCAGAGCCACAUACAUACAUACCUAUUUGUAAAAUUAGUUUAAUCGAACAUAUACAUAUACAUAUUAUUAUUAUUAUAUAUAUAUAUAUAAAUAUUAACUAAUAUUUUUCUAAGUUGUGCAACAAAUGCAAAACAAAAACGCAUAUAACUUUAUUUUUUUCUCUCUAGACUUUAAGGAAAAUGCUAAAUGCGAGGAUGUAGUUAUACAAAUACAUAGAGUAUAUAUAUAAAUAUAUAGUAUAUAUCUAUGUAUACAUAUGUAGCAUAUAUACAAUUAGAAAAGUUUAACGAAACGAAAACAAGAUCAAGUAAAAGGAGAUGAGCAUAAGCAAAUUCUAACUGUAAAUUCGUCUUUCCAAAUAAUCGUACCAUAAAUGAUAAAUACAAUAAACAGAAAAGCAAAACAA